GUCAAUUUAAUGCGCGACCAAGCUUUAAAUAAGGUGGAAAAAAGCCGCGUUCGAGUGGUGAAAUCGAUUAUAUCCUUAGUUCGAAUUAACAACAUACUUUUAAAUCAUUAUUAACCUUCCUUUAAGCUUCGUAGAAAAUAACAUUUCCCUCGUCCCCCGCAGUGGUUGUCAUCGUCUGGUCGGGCAGAAACAACAGAAGGAAAUCUUAACAACUUAGAAACAGCCUCGAGAUAAUGAAAGCUCCACACACUGGCGCUUUGCUAUGGAUAGCUAGCUAGACAAUUAGCUUUUCGUUUCAUUUGAUAGUUUUUGGGAUAGAAAACAUGACAACUCUAACAAGACAGGACCUCAAUUUUGGACAAGUGGUUGCUGACAUCCUGUGUGAGUUCCUGGAGGUCGCUAUCCAUCUCAUCCUGUAUGUCCGGGAGGUUUAUCCAUCGGGAAUAUUUCAGAAGAGGAAGAAAUACAAUGUACCAGUUCAGAUGUCAUGUCACCCAGAGCUGAAUCAAUAUAUACAAGAUACACUUCAUUGUGUAAAGCCACUCAUUGAGAAGAAUGAUGCAGAGAAGGUGGUUGUGGUCAUCAUGGACAAAGAGCAUCAUCCAGUAGAGAGAUUUGUGUUUGAGAUGUCCCAACCUCCACUGCUGUCCAUCAGCUCAGACACUUUACUGUCACAUGUGGAGCAGCUGCUGAGGGCAUUCAUCCUGAAGAUCAGUGUGUGUGAUGCUGUCUUAAACAAUAACCCACCAGGGUGUUCAUUUUCAGUGCUGGUACACACCAGAGAUGCUGCUACUCGCAACAUGGAAAAGGUUCAAGUCAUUAAGGACUUUCCAUGGAUAGUUGCUGAUGAGCAGGAGGUCCACAUGCAGGAGCCGAGACUCAUCCCGCUGAAGACCAUGACAUCCGACAUAGUAAAAAUGCAGCUCUAUGUGGAAGAGAGAGCUCAGAAAACGUAGCCUGGGAUGAUGUUAAACCAUGAUAAGAGUAUAAAACACAGUCUAUCACAGCUGGAAACUGUCUAAAAGAAGACUUCUAUAUAUAAAAGCGCUUUGAGGAGUCCCAAAGACUACAGCUGCCUAUAUAAAUGACUCCAUUUGCUAUUUAAUAACAAUCGUAAAGAAACAUAGAUCAUACACACACUGACAUUUUAUUCAGAAUCGUUACUGUUUCAGAGACCGAUUGGAUCCCAUGCCACACAGAUAUGCAUGAAUAUGGUUGUUAUGAAUUGUGUUUAAUGCUUUCCAUGCACAUCUUUAAUGUGACAUUAUGAUCAAAGAAGAGCUGUCACACCAUGACGAUAAAUCCCAGGGAAGAUGGAAAACAUCAUUACAACAAAUAUCACCAGCAUCUUCUACUGACUCUUCUAUCAGUUCAACCCUCAGCUGUGUUCAUCUUCACUGUUUUGUCGGGGAAUUGUUUUUCCCAAAGCUCCCCCAGAGAUUGUCUUUUCACCACAGGGAGUUUGUUAGACCUUUAUAUCCCACUAUAAUGUCGCACUGAGUCAUAGCAGGUCUGUGCAUGGUAUCUACAGUAUUACAGACGGGGAGGGAUGCAGUGUGAGAGUCUUUGGUGGGUUCCUACGCAGUAACCGGGACCUUGGUGUGUUUACCCGUGCAACCAGUGGUUAUGUUUACCCAUUCUUAUGUGAUUCAUUCAAAGUUGUUGUAAAUGUUGUGUUAAAGGAACAGUUUUAACUGCUGAAAAAUGUGUGAAUUAAUAUGUAUACAAAUAUGACAUGGUAAUAAAAUAUGUUUUUAAAGCAC